UCGUCGCCUUCCACUUGUCUCACGGCCUGUCGCCAUCGCCUCCCUCCCUCAUCUCCGCCACCAACCCUCCCCCCCCCCCCCCCACCUCCGAGCCGCCGGCGACCACUCCGUCAAGCCCGCACCGUCCACCAUGUACCGCGCCGCCUCCAACCUCGGUGCCCUCAAGAGGCAUAGGGCAGAUGUUCAAACGAUGAGUAUUGCAAUUAGGUCUGCAAGCACAAGUGUUGCACAGAGGUCAUCAGGUGGCUUCUGGACCUGGUUGACAGGUGCACGCUCAAAUGCAUUACCUCCUCCAGAUUUUACACUUCCAGGAGUCACUAUUCCUCCUCCGCUACCUGAUUAUGUGGAGCCUGGCAAGACACGAAUCACAACACUUCCAAAUGGUGUCAAAAUAGCCUCCGAGACAUCUGCAGGACCAUCUUGUUCUGUUGGAGUUUAUGUUGAUUGUGGUUCUGUAUAUGAAGCACCCGAAACAACAGGUGCCAGUCAGCUGUUGAGGAAAAUGGCCUUUGCAACCACUACCAACAGGAGCCAAUUGCGUGUUGUGCGUGAAAUUGAGGCAGUAGGUGGCAAUGCCAAAGCAUCUGCCAGCCGUGAGAUGAUGAGCUACACUUACGGAACCCUGAAGACUUACAUGCCUGAAAUGGUUGAGGUGCUUAUUGAUUGUGUGCGCAACCCUGCUUUUCUUGAUUGGGAGGUCAAGGAAGAGAUUUUGAAGCUAAAAGCAGAGCUUGCGAAAGCAUCAAGAAACCCUGAAACUUUUCUUUUGGAGGCUCUUCAUUCUACUGGAUAUUCUGGUGCUUUGGCAAACCCUCUGAUUGUGUCAGAAUCUUCACUUAGCAGAUUGAAUACAGAUGUCCUGGAAUAUUUUGCAGCUGAGAACUACACUGCUUCUCGAAUUGUUCUAGCUGCAUCAGGUGUUGAUCAUGAUGAACUGGUAUCUAUUGCUGAACCACUUCUGUCCGACAUACCCAAUGUAGCUGGAUCAACAAGGCCAAAAUCUACCUAUGUUGGUGGAGAAUAUAGACGAUCUGCAGAUUCAUUGAACACAGAUGUUGCGUUGGCAUUUGAGGUCCCUGGUGGUUGGCUCAAAGAAAAAGAUUUCGUCACUGUAUCAGUUCUUCAGACUCUUCUGGGUGGAGGUGGCACGUUUUCUUGGGGGAGGCAGGGAAAGGGAUUGCAUUCACGGCUAUAUAAUCUCGUAAAUGAAUUUGACCAAAUCAAGUCAAUCUCUGCUUUCAAGGAUGUUCACAGUAAUACUGGUAUCUUUGGAAUUCAUACAUAUACUGAUGCAUCAUUUGUUCCUAAAGCUAUUGAUCUGGCAGCCAGAGAGCUCACUUCCCUUGCGACUCCUGGACAAGUUGACCAAAGCCAACUGGAUCGUGCUAAAGCCUCAGCUAAAUCAGCAAUAUUGACGAACCUGGAAUCGAAGGCAUCAAUAACUGAAGACAUGGGGCGCCAAGUAUUGGCAUUUGGUGAAAGGAAACCUGUCGAGCACCUUCUCAAGGCUGUUGAUGCUGUUACUCUGAAAGAUGUAACGGCACUUGCUGAAAAGAUUAUUUUGUCACCAUUAACAAUGGCAUCUCAUGGAAACGUGCUGAAUAUGCCAACUUAUGAGUCAGUUAGUGGCAAGUUCCGCUCGAAAUGAGUAGGAUACAGGCCUUCAUUUUCUGUCUGCUGGACAAGUUUAACAGUUCAUAUCUUUUACGCAUAAGCCAUUCAUGGUCAAAGUUUCAGGAAAAAACAAGGAACUUCAUAAAAAUUUUAUCAUUAACUCUGGGAUCAUUUUGGAAUUACGUUUUCUUUUUUCUUUUGCGGAACAUUCUUCCACUUGAGUUAGUGGUUAAUGCUGGUGAUGGACCAGUCAUGUGUUUGUAAAUUUAGUCAAAUCUGGGCUGAUGAGUUCUUCUUUCGGUGAUAAGGCCCAACGAGUGUACAAAAUGUCCUUGCGUGAAAUCCUUGACAAGAGUGUCAAAGCACAGUAAUAAAGAUUCUACAUGACAGUGAAAUUUUGCA